CGAAACUAAGAUCCCAGCGCUGUUGCUUGCUCCCCUCCUCGGUUUCGCGUCUGCUCCCCCGUGCUUGCCCCGAUGUCCAGCGAACACCACGUCGAGAAGGCCCCCUCACGCACAUCGACCGACCCUGAGAAGGUCGCCGAUGCCUCCAGCAGCGUCCUCGAGAGCGAGCCCGUCUUCAAUGACGCGCUUGACAAGGUCGUGUGGAGGAAAAUGGACAUGUGGAUCAUCCCCAUCGUCGCCCUCUUCUACCUCCUCUCCUUCCUGGAUCGUACGAACGUCGGAAACGCCAAGGUCGCCGGUCUGAUGACCCAGCUCAAGAUGACGCCGACACAGUACUCGAUCGCGCUUACUGUCACAUACGUGCCGUACAUCGUCGCGGAACUCCCCUCCAACCUGUUGCUCAAGAUCGUCGGUCCGAACAUCAUGCUUCCGACGAUGCUUACGCUUUGGGGAGUCGUGACCACUUGCCAAGGCGCCGUCAGGACAUACCACCAGCUGCUCGUCUGCCGAUUCUUCCUCGGGCUGCUCGAGGGUGGUGUCUUCCCUGGUCUUGUGCUCUAUCUGUCAUUCUUCUACCCCCGAGUCAAGCUGCAGACUCGCAUUACGUCGUUCUUCUCUGCUGCUUCCAUCUCCGGCGCCUUUGGUGGUAUCAUGGCCUACGGCAUCAUCCAUCUGAACGGCAAGGCCGGGCACUCUGGCUGGCAGUGGAUCUUCAUCAUCGAGGGUGUGAUCACUGUGUUCGUCGGCCUCGUCUCGUAUGCGUUCAUGCCCAGCUCUCCGGACCACGCGCGCUUCCUUAAUGCGGAGGAGAAAGCCUACGUCAAGGCUGUCCUGCGAGCGGAUGGUUCUAUCGGCGCGGACGAGAAAGCUGACUCCUUCAGCUGGGCAGAAGUCGGGAAGGCGUUCGCUUCGAUGCAGGUCUUCCUCUGCGCGCUUGCCUUCUUCAUGGGCGGCGUUACGCUUUACUCGCUGGCCUACUUUACGCCGUCGAUUAUCCAGUCUCUCGGCUACACCGCCGCGCGCGCGCAGCUCAUGAGCGUGCCGCCGUUCUCGGUCGCCUUCGUGGUGUCCAUGAUCGGCGCGUACCUCGGCGACCGGUACCACUGCAGAGGGCUGGUGUCCCUGUUCGGGUCGCUCCUGUGCAUCGCCGGAUUCGCGGUGUUCCUCACGUCCGGGAACCACCACAUUCAGUACGGCUCGCUCUUCCUUUCGAUCCCGGGGACGUACACCGUCGCGCCGACGCUGUCGACGUGGAACGCGAACAACUCGGCGCCCCACGUGCGCCGCGCGGCCGCGAUCGCGAUCGGCUUCAUCAUGACCAACUCGGGCGGCAUCCUCGCGACGUGGCUGCUCGGCGCGCUCUCCCCGCCGCCGCGCUACUUCCUCGGGACGAAGCUGCUGCUCGCGUUCUCCGUGCUCAUGUUCUUCUUCUCCGCGUGCAACAUCUGGUACCUCCGGGGCGAGAACCUGAAAAAGGCGGAGAUCCGCAGGACGACGCCCCGCUCGGAGGAGGAGCCGGGGCGCGGCGACAAAAGCGCCUGGUUUAUCUACAGUCUGUAAGCAAGUUGAGUGGGGCGUCGGUAUCUUAUGUAACUUACUGGGUCGGCGGUGUUGCAAAAUAUUGUAGAAUUAUUUCUUGUGGUAUGUACACAAUAAUUGUAUGGUGUGCGUUACUGGAUGCUCUCUGCGUGUAUGCGUUGUUUGGCCUCGUGAAUAACAUCCAUUUCCGCAGCCAGUA